CGUGUGUGUGUGUGUAUGAGUGAGUGUGAGUGUGUGCGUGUCUGAGUGCGAUUGAGAUACUGCGACUUUUUUUAUUAUAUACAUUUCAACUUUAUCGUCUAUCUGUCGUUCGGAGUACGGUUAACAUUGAUUUUAACCAUCUGGAUAUUUUAAAAACGGCAUUUUUUGCUGAAGAAUGCCGCUGUCGCUGAUCAAUUCAACACAACACAGGACUUGUUUAGUUUUUUUUUAAUUAUUAUAAAUGUACAUUCUUCAAGUAUGUGUUUGUUCGCAUGGGGCUGGACAUCCCAUUGACUGUUUACAAAGGCUUCUUAGAGAGAGCUGAUCAUCCCCGAGCUUAUACUUCAGAUAUGCAUGUGUAAUUCGAAGAAGUGAUUUUAAACAAAGCAGAGAACAAUCAAAGACUGACAGAAUGCUGAAGACCCUCACUAAAAAACUCAGAAGACACACUCUAAACGAAAUCCACCCUUUUCAAUUAAAGAUUUCCUACCAUGGCAGUGAGGAAGGAGGAGAGAGUGAAGACUCGGAGGGUGAAAACCAAGAACUGGCACAGAUCGACAGAGAGCGCCGGCGGAACUGCGCCCUCACUCCUCUAGCCACCAGUCAACAGCACAAUCAGGGCGUGCUUUCUCCCGCCCACCUACGCCGUUUCCGUCUUCUGCUGGACACCACCCUGGAUCGUCACAGUUCUGAAGAGGAGCUGGAGCGCAUUGCAGGAGCUCCAGGGGCUGAGGCGGGGAGAAAGUGGCACAGGCAUGGAGACAUGAGCAGUGCCUCUAGUGAUGAGGAGGUGAAGGACCUGUGUGGGCCAAAUGAGCCAGCUGCGGGGGCUCGCUUGAGUGCCACCUGUCCCAGCCCUGUUCCUUUCAGCUCCUCCCCGCCUCGAGCUCUCAAACCAUUGCACACGACGACCCGCCUUCCUGUCCGGCCCAUCAUCCUCAACCACUUUGAACAGCCUUCCAUGCCUUAUUGGCGGCACAGGCCCGCUUACACAGGAGAACUCGGUCGGCCCAGCCUGGACCUGGAGAAGAUGCAGCAGAAAAUGCUCCUUAAAAAGAACUGUGGUGGGAAAACGAGAACUAUCAAGAUUCGGAAUCUGAGUAGUGGCCGUCACCCUCACAGAUACUCCUAUGAUCCUUCCAUCUUCGCUUUCCGCUCACUGAGCAACGCCCCACCCUGCAGCCCCCUACUUCCUGCCGAGGAACCUCCGUGUGCUUGAGGGAAAGGACUGGAAAGUCACUGAGACAAAACAUUACAAAUUUGUGGACCAAAAAUUCCCAACAUAAAGACGAUGUGUGUUUUGCAUUGCCUUAUACUUUUCAGGAUAUUAGUAUGAACAAAGGCCCAGUGAUAAGGCCUGAUAACAAAACAGGAAGUGUGAUCAGGGCCAGAAUGUAUGAGAGGAACGAGGAGACGGCAACAUUUCGCCUUUAGCCGUCUCAUCCUCUCUAUCUCUCAGGAAACCCACUUAGAACUUAUUAUGAUGAUAAGGCCAUUACCACUACGUGGACUACCUAUUAAACCGCAACUAAAUGGUAACAAGAAUAAGGAGAGAUUGGUCAGUGGCCACAUGGUAAUGAUGUGAUCAUAACAUUUUGGAUAAAAUGUAAGACCAUAUUGAAAGUAUUUGGUUGUUUGGACAGCAAAAUGUGUUGUGAGACAAUCAGUUUGAUGCCAGAAUGGGCCUUAAAUAAUUCAAUACAACUGGUUAUUGAUCUAACAGAGUCAAUAGCUCUAUAAACAGGGUGAACCGGAAAACCUAACAAUCCAACAUAAUGAAAAUAUACACCAGAUAUUCCAAGUUAUUGUUCAUGUUUAAAUGUUACCUAAGUAACAAUGACAAUAUGUCAGUAAAUAAUCUGAUUUGUAUUCCAAAGUAAUUAAAUAGUAAGCAAAACAACAAAGAGAAAGAAAUACUACACUAUACUAGAGUCUUUCAAAAUUGUAUAUUACACCAGUUGAACAUGCGCCUUGUAUUAGCACACUUGAGUACAUAAAAUACAAAGUCUUUUACAAUUAACAUCUAGUUUAUAAGAUUUCAGAGAUAAAAUCAUAGCCCACACAUACACAUUGGCUAUAUUCGGAAUGGAAUACUAGUGUACUGCUUACUUAUACUGUGCAGUUUACACUGUAUCCUUCAAUAUAAAAAGUAUAAAACAUGCAACAACAAACUCAUUACACUGUUAAUUUCACGAGUGAUGACUAGUUAUCGUCGUUGAAAUAAAAUUGGUUAGUUUGCAUUUUUAAUCCAAUUUCAAGAAAUAUUUUCUUGGCAGUUCGAUCAAAUAAUGAAUCAAGAUGUUAAAAGUUGUAGGUUAAAGAAAUAUUGCAUUGUGAAACAUCGUAUUUUGCAGAAUGUUUGAAUGCUGUGCACCGUAUAAAUACUAAAUAUUUCAGAAAUCGUUAGAGUAAUAUGCUAGUGUGCUAUUCUGAACAUUGUCUGUGUCAUCAAUUUGUUACAGCACUCAACAUGGGAUCUUAUAUAUGGACCGUAAGCCUAUCCAUGCUGUAUAUUUCAAAGCUAAAAUCCUUUUGAGGGUUUGAUUGUGUUGAGUACACUCAAUGACAUACUUCAGUACUUUCUGUUGAAUUUAAACAGCUACAGUGUGGCCCACAGAAGGAUCAAUAAGCUAGGCCAAUCAGAGGGCAAACAAUAAGGACAAAUAUUCAUAGUUUUCACCUAGGUGUUACAUGUAUCUAUGUGAAACUAAUACAAUAUUUUUAAUUAAAUGUAGCUUCAGGGGCAUAUAGUACAUGCUUGCAACAUGUGAAAAGUUGUUCUCUGUCUCAGACGAGGAAAAUAAAAAUUUCUUCCCAUUU